CGUACCCGGAAAAGGAAGGGAAGGGAAGCGAAGGGGCGCGGCGCGGCCCGGCCGGCGCGGGCGGGCAGCGGCGGUGCGGCUGAGCCCGGCCCGGCGGCGGGAGAGAUUAUUUUCACUGCUGAAAAGGAACUGCAAUGGAGAGUACAGUAUCAGUUAUUUUCCUUGUAUCGUUUUCCAUACUGCUCUGUGAAAGUUAUCACCAUGGAGUGGAGACAGCUACUGUUGUGCAUACCUCAGAGAGAGCUUUUCCAGAAAAGACAGUGGGUGUUAAUACUGACUUGGCAGGACUGAUACAGAAGUUGCACCUUCAAGAACUUUUUAACCGUUAUGGAGAAAACAACUCUCUGUCAAUUGAUGGGUUUAGAAAACUGCUACAGAACAUAGGUAUAGAUAAAAUGAAAAGGAUUAAAAUAAGCCACGAUCACGACCACAAUCACGAUCACGACCACAAUCAUGACCAUCACGACCAUGACCACGACCAUCACUCUCAUCAUAAUCAUGUUUCAUUGAGUAAAGGCUCUGAGAAGACUGCUUGUCCAAACCACGAGUCUGAUGCUAGCAAAGACCACAGGAACAGCCACGCCAAGGAGCCCCACAAGGCCGAGGGCGUGGAGCGGCAGCAGAACUUUGUGCGCAGCAAGAACGCGCUCCACGAGAUCACGGCGUCCGUCAUCGCCGCUGCGGCGGGCGGCCACGCCGAGCUCCACAGCGUGCAGCCCGGGGAAGCCAAGACAGUUGUUCGAGUGGGUGCAGCUGGCCCUGGCCCCCUUAAUGUCACAGGGGGCCGCAAUGGCACCUGGCUGGGUGCCACAAAGGCAAAUGAAUCUCGUGCUUCUCCCAAGGAGUUGGAGAGAGGGAGCUACCUCUAUUCUAAGCUGAAAAAACAAAACACUCAAGAGUGCUCCAAUGCAUCCAAACUGAUGCAGUCGCAUGGAAUAGGCACUCAAGUAUUGUUAACUGCUACAGAAUUUAGUUAUCUCUGUCCAGCUCUUAUUAACCAGAUCGAUGGCAAGUACUGCAUAGUCCAUGCUACUAGUGAAAAAGCUGAAACUCCUCCGAAAAGCUUUUCUCUGCAAAUAGCUUGGAUUGGUGGCUUUAUAUCCAUCUCUGUCAUCAGCUUUCUUUCCUUGCUGGGUGUUAUAUUGGUACCACUGAUGAAUCGAGUAUUUUUCAAAUUUCUUCUGAGUUUCCUUGUGGCAUUGGCUGUGGGGACCUUGAGUGGAGAUGCCUUCUUGCACCUCCUUCCACAUUCUCAUGGAAACCAUCACCAUCACCAUGAAAAGUCUCUGCUUGACCAAAAAGGCUCUAUGUACAAACAUCUUGUUUUUCAAAGUACAGAGGAGAAUGCUUACCUGGAUUCUACGUGGAAAGGACUUACAGCACUUGGAGGCUUGUACUUCAUGUUUCUAGUGGAGCAUUUGAUCACUUUAAUAAAACAAUUUAAGGACAAGAAGAAAAAGAAAAAAAAUGAAGAUGAUGGAGAAAGUAAGAAGUUUUCAGCAAAUGAAGAAAAGCUGGAUACGGAUGAUCGGCCUGAGGGCUAUCUAGGGUCGGACUCUCAAGAUCCAUCAACCUUCAUUUCUCAGCAGCCAACUGUACAAGAGGAAGAAGAAGUGAUGAUAGCUCAUUCUCAUCAAGAGGAGGUUGACAACGAAUAUGUGUCCAGGGGCUGUAGAAACAAAUGCCAUUCUCACUUGCACGAUACUCUAGGACAGACAGAUCAUCUAAGCCACCACCACCACGACUACCAUCACAUUCUGCACCACCAUCAUCACCAGAACCAUCAUCCCCACAGUCACAGUCAGCGCUACUCGCGUGAAGAGCUGAAGGAUGCAGGCAUAGCAACUCUGGCCUGGAUGGUGAUCAUGGGAGAUGGACUGCACAAUUUUAGUGAUGGCCUGGCAAUUGGAGCAGCCUUUACUGAAGGGUUAUCUAGUGGUUUAAGCACUUCUGUGGCUGUAUUUUGCCAUGAAUUACCUCAUGAACUAGGAGAUUUUGCUGUCCUUCUAAAAGCUGGUAUGACUGUCAAGCAAGCUGUGCUUUAUAAUGCUCUGUCAGCUAUGCUGGCCUAUCUUGGUAUGGCGACUGGGAUCCUUAUUGGUCAUUAUGCAGACAAUGUUUCAAUGUGGAUAUUUGCACUUACUGCUGGCUUGUUCAUGUAUGUGGCUCUUGUGGAUAUGGUACCUGAAAUGCUCCACAAUGAUGCCAGUGACCAUGGAUGUAGCCGGUGGGGAUACUUCCUCUUACAGAAUGCUGGGAUUCUCCUGGGUUUUGGGAUAAUGCUGCUUAUCUCAGUAUUUGAGCAUAAGAUUGUAUUCAGCAUAAACUUGUAAUCCUGGUUUCCAGGAAGACGCCUUGGUGUUAAAUUAUAAGUGGUAGGGGUUUUUUUUCUAUGAAUUUCCUUAUUGGAAAGGUACAUUUGAUAUAGACUAGAUAUUUUUGUUGGUGUGCUUUGUUGUUUUGUACUUCCCUCCCUUCUUGCCUGAUAGAAAGAAACACUGUAAAGUUUGGGGUUUGUUUGAGUUUUGUUUGCUUGUUUUUUUUAAAUUUUUUUUUUUUUACUUGGGAUUUAGAAUUGCUCAUGGUACUUGGAAAGUGGUACUUAGUAAAACCAUGGUCAAAUCUAUAUUAUUUGUAUUGUCUGCAUUGUUUGGUGAGUAGGUUGUUUUUUUACUGAAUUUAUUUACUAUAUGUAAUUAUAUGUGAUGUUUUUUACUUCAGUGGUUUUGCUAGUUUAAAGAAGUAAAGCAACAGUGGUUUUUAUUUUAGCACAGUUAAAAUCAGUGGAUACAAAGCACAGUGAGCAAAUUAAAACAAGAACAAGACAUGUAAUGGUUAGCAUAUGUUUAUUGGUAAAAGCUCAUCUCUUCUGCAUCCACCUGGUUUAUACAGAAAGGCAGAUAAGUCCAUUCCAUCCUUUGUGGUGGUGCUGGCUCUCCCAGUAGCUUGUGGAUUCCUGUGUCUUAUUCCAGUUGGUUUCUACUACAAACAAAUUGAUGUAAAACCAUGUUCUAAGUGUUUACAUCAAAUGUUUAGCUUGUUCCAUCCAUUCUCAUAUGAGUUGCUCUUCGCUGGUUUCUCAAAUCAGCAACAAAAGUCCAGCUCUUAAAUUGCCAAAGCUUUAAGAAUUCCAUCAAAAAGAUUUUAAAAGCAGUGCUGUAUCCCACUUACGCUCCCUGAAGUGACAAAGGUGUAUUAAAGCCUGUUUGAUAUCAAGGGGGAGGAGUGCUACAGGCUAAGAGAAACAGUCAUUUCCUACAAAAGCUUCCUGAAGUAAAGUGUUGAUUUACUUUGGGAAAAUGAGCUGAGUGGGAGAGCUGCCUACUUCUAGUUCAGUGUGAUUGCACACAAACCUGUGCUAUGUUUUUUGCAAGAACUAAAGCUGAGAAAUCCAAAAUAAGAAAAUUUCUUUGGUAGCAUAUCUGGAGAAGCAAGGUGUUAAAGAUAAUAAGUGUAUGCUUAAGUAUGUAGUUUAAGCCUACAGCCUUAAUAUGUUUAACCAUGCUGAAUGUCACUGAAGGAAGAAGGUUGAAAAAACCAAUAGCAAAAUAAAUUCUGCAUUAGCAGGGAAGGUGAACAUGUCAAAGUUCUUUAAUGACGAAUAAAUAACAGAAUUAUGCUAUCUUACUAGCUAGCUUUAAAAAUCCCAGAAAUAAAAGAAUUAGAACCUAUUUCUGAUCCACUGCCUCAAAUCAUCAGCUGAAUAAAAAGCUUGAACAACAAGAUAAAUGUUUGAUAGUACCAUGUAUGGCACAUUAAAGCAGUUUGUUGGUCUGCCAUACAAUGGAAGCCAGGAUCCAUUCUAUCACCUCAGAAAUGAUAUUUUCAAUUAAUUGAGAGGAUUUUAGGGGGUUUUAGGAAUUGAGAAAUUGGUACCACAUGAGUUUUUGCACCCAGUGGACUUAUCUUCCUUUACUUUUCUGCUCACAGUGAUUGAAAUCUUGUUCUGUGCCUCCUCUGAAGCUAGGGGUUGAGAAAGGUGUACUUCCUUCAGCUCUCCUACUGCAUCCCUGUGUCCUAGCAGGCUUUUUAGGGCUUGGGCAUGGAGUUUACCUGUGGUGUGGGAAAACUCCAUAAAUACAGUGCACUUCAACCCAUGGGGCUCACACCUUCUGCACUGCAAUCCUGGCUGCUACAGAAAUCAGGCCUCUCUGUCGUCCUGAGGGAUUUCAGACUUGGAUGAGCUCAGUUUGCUUUGAAUUUUUCACUGCUGGUUUCUGUUAGCCUACAUCCAUAAUAGCUGGAUUUCUCUUGUCUGGAUAUGACACAGGAAGUGGGCAGGAAGCCUGCUGUUGUUCAAUGACUAAAUGAUGGAGCUAAAUCUACAAAUUUCAGUGUUUCCACUGGGUUCUUGGCUGGCUUUUGAUGUACUUGACUAACAUUAAAAUAUCCACAUAUCAAAACCCGUUGCUAGUUUAGGAAUGAAAAAUGAAUUGUCUUUAGAGCAGAAAUGUCUCUAAUCCUGAACAUAAACAUUCCACCCAUUCAGUGCUCUUUAAUCAUUGAUGGAGAAAUGUCCAUGACAGGCAGCUGUCCAAACUGAUAACUGAGAAGGCUACAGACUAAAACUUGCUGUAGUUUUGUAUCAGCAGGAUGACAAAAUGUUGGUUGCUGUUUUUGUUUGUUUUGAGCUGGUUUGUUUGUUUUGCUGUUUAUCUUUGUCGGCCUUACAAAGUAGAAUCUGCAUCUGUUGCAAUGUACUUGUGUUGGAAAUACUCAAGGUUUGGCAAACUGGUGGGGCAGUGCCUCUAAGCAGCCCUUUAUUUUUAUGUGUAUAUUUUUCUGCAGCAGUUUUUAAUGUGCCUGGCUACUCUGGAUAAUAAAUGCAAAUGUCUGCUUUGUGUAUCUGUCUGUAGCUUAAUAAUGGUACAGACCUUAAUUUUUAUGCUGUUACAGCUGCCUUUAUUGCCUGUGCUAGAUGCAGGUAAAUAGAACAGGUAAACAAUGCCGGAAUCAGUUUUGUUUUGGGUUUUUUCUGUAACAUAUAAUGGUUUUGGCCUGUAUUUGUACAGAAGAGGUGUCUCAUUACUUUGGGCAGCAGGAGUCAGAGCAAAGGUGUGGAGCUUCUCUAAGUUUUCCCCUGCCUGGCCUGUGGGGAUCAGGUGCUGGUACGGUUUCUCUGCAUCCUUGGUGCCUAAAUGUGAUGCCUCGUGUGCUGUGGGAAUGCAACUCCUUUGUGUUUAUAUAAAACACAGCCCAGGCUGUGAAUUCAUAGAGGCUCUCCUGCUGCCUGAACUGAGACAUCAGUGCAAUUAAAAUCUCUUGUGGAAAAACUGGGUCUUUCUGUUUUCCACGAGCAGGAAACAAAAAGAUGUUUUAAUGGAAUGUGCGUUGUUUUCUUUGUUUUUUUUUUUUUUUUUUUUUUUAAUUUAAAGUACGUUCUUGGUGUGUGCAUAUAUGGUCACUGUAGCUGUUACUGUAUUGCUGUGUGCUAGAGAAAAUAAACCACUGAACCAAA